UGGCGGGGGCGGGGAGGUGGAGCCUGGCUGCGGGCGCGGGGACCGCCGCUUCCCUCCCCCGUCGGCCCCUCACCUGGCGGGGCCGCCCCUCGCCAGGGGGCCGGUUCCACACGGGGCGCAGGCCUCGCCCGCCGGCCCUCCCCACCGCAGCCGCCGCCGGGCCGCGCGUCCGCCGCCAGCCGGCUCAGGCCCCAGCCGCCGCCGCUGCCGCCUCCCCCUCCAUGGCCGCCGCUCUCGCCGGCUGCAUUGUGGGAAGCUGACCUCACUCGCUGCUGCCGCCGCCCCGCCGGCUCCGGCACUCGCCGCCAUGGGGGCCGUGACCGACGAUGAAGUUAUCCGCAAGCGACUUCUGAUCGAUGGUGAUGGUGCUGGUGACGACAGGCGGAUCAAUUUGUUGGUGAAGAGUUUCAUUAAGUGGUGUAAUUCCGGAUCUCAAGAAGAAGGUUACAGCCAGUACCAACGAAUGCUGAGUACUUUAUCACAGUGUGAAUUUUCAAUGGGAAAAACUCUUCUGGUGUAUGAUAUGAACCUGAGAGAAAUGGAAAAUUAUGAAAAAAUCUAUAAGGAUAUAGAAAAUAGUAUAACUGCAGCACAUGAGAAGAUUUCUGAAUGCAAAAAACAAAUCCUGCAAGCAAAAAGGAUUCGAAAAAAUCGCCAGGAAUACGAUGCAUUGGCCAAAGUCAUACAACACCAUCCAGACAGACAUGAAACAUUGAAGCAGCUAGAAGCCUUGGGAAAAGAACUGCAACAUCUUUCUCACAUUAAAGAAAAUGUUGAAGAUAAGUUGGAGCUGAGAAGAAAGCAGUUUCAUGUUCUCCUGAGCACCAUCCAUGAGCUUCAGCAAACCCUGGAAAAUGAUGAAAAACUUUCAGAAGCUGAAGAAUCUCAGGAAACUCAGAUGGAAACAGAGACCAAACAGUAGAUGUAAGAUGAAGACUGACUAUACUUUUAAAGAAUGCCCAAGUAUCUUCACUUUAUGUUGAAACCAACAGUAAGAGAGCGCCGAAAAAUAGUUUUCUACUGCUUCUGUGAAUUUUUAUACAAAAAUAUUUGUUCUGCUUAUGCUUCAGGGGAAAUCAGUUCCAGAUCUGUGCAGACAGACACUUUGUGUUAAUCCACAAACUUUGACAUCUGUGACAAGAAAUAUAUUUUGUUUUACAAAGGAUGAAGCUUCUGCAUAGUACUUGCAAACUAAGGUGUUUGCAAACCAUUGCCAAUAAAAGGUGUUUACAAAGAGUUUCUUAAUUUUGUAGUAGGCAUUGAGCCUAAUAGUAAGGGCUCCUUUUCUUACUUGAUGUUGGACUGAGGGCAUUGCAUCUUUGCAUGAGUCCCAGCUCCCAUACCCUAGUCCAGAUGGGACCUAAAACUGAAGUAAGUAGGGUCUUAAUUUUUCAAAGUAGCUGCCAUUUUAGAACUUACCUGUGACUAGACUAGAAUUUGCUAGUUUCAUAUCAAACAAAUUACUUCUAUAGAAUUAAUGCUUGUCAAGGGGUGUAAAAGCUAAUAUAGUAUGAUUUUUUGUUGGGUUUUUUUUUUCAUAAGGUGAUGCAAAGAACUGCAGUGAUCUGAGCCUCGCUAGUCUGUGCUCUGUACAACCACAUCAGAAGUCACAUUUUGAAAUGACACGUUUAAAACUGCAAUGUAAAAGCUUUGUUCUUGUAGAACCAGGAAUCUAAUCCUGAUACCAUUUGUAACCUGCUUCUGGAUUUUAUCUGUCAAUUGACUAUAAAGAAAUACAUCAUAGUUCCUGAAACAAA